GGUGGGGGGCGAGAGCGAGCGAGAGACAGACACAAACUGGGGGUUCUCGCCGACACAACAGAGAGCACUUUUUUUUUGUUUGGUGAUUGAGGGGACCUUGUGUGGCUCCGAGCAUCUCCCCUCCGUCGGUUUAAUGUGUCAGACCGGCGUUGGUUUCGCCGUCACCCUCCCCUCUUCUCAAUAUUAUUUAUAACCGACAAGAAAAUUGGAUGGGACGCACACACGGGCAAGACAAUCCCGGAAAUAGCAUGCGUACUCUCAGCCUGUCACGUACGCUCGCUGAGGAUUUGCAUUGCUGUAGGCUGCCGUAGAUUUUCUACACAGCCUCAAAAUGUUUAUAGGACGGAUACAAACCAACACACAGCUUGAGUGUUAAAUGAGAGUAAUGGGUAAAAUAAAAACAACUGGAAGAGGACUUGGACAUGAAACUUCUCUCUGUGUGGCAGAGCUCCUCUCCAUCAGAGAAAGCGAGCGGCUGAGCUAGAAAAUGAAGCGAGGACGUGAGCUACGUGCGCAUCCAGCAGAUGACGAGAUGAAAUGGAGAGCUUGGGACACACGGACCUUUUAAACCCAAGCUCUUCCCGCGAAUCCGUCGCUGUUUCAGCUUCGCAGGAGGGAAGGACGAGCGGGCAGCAGCAGCAGCAGCAGCAGCUCGCCUGUGGACCGGCAGAGACUCACCACCACACGUACCGAGCGGACAUGGGGCUCAACGGUUUCUGCGCGGCGCCAGUCGGGAGUCCGACGGCCGCGGAGUUACUCGCGGGUCUGGCCUCUCAGACCGACUCCCCCGGAAUCACAACCCCGACGAAACAGUCCAAAACCGGCGUUCCGCUCUAUAACGGCGGGGUAGUGUCUCCGUCUGCCACCGUGGAGGGGAGCCACGCAGGCGUCUUGGCUCAAACGCCGAACGGGUACCCGGCGCAAAUGAAGGGGGUUGCGGGGGUAACAGGCGGCCCCAUGUACCCCCUUACCAGCAGAGCCUGUCUGGUAGAGAACGGGGACCGGACAGUCCACGAGAAGUGCCCUUUAGCCAUGAGGAGGAUCAAUGGUGACCUGAAAGGUAGGCAGGUACAACCACAGAAACGGAGGGGUGGGGAGAACAGGGACACUGGCUCAGAAACUCCUAAUGGUCUUGUGGUAGGGUCACCAGGGUUAGGAGCUUCUGGGGAUCCUGCUUUUGCUGCGGGAGACUCAGACUUAAAGCGGAGAAGGUUGGCGGAGGGAAGCAUCGCCCACAAAUCUCCAGAGGCCUCCAGAGUGGCCCGGGCAGUCGCCCCCCUCACGGUCACUGUCAACUGCAGCAACAAUACCCAUAGCAACCAAAUGACUGUCAAUAAUGUGCACUGUGUUACUCCCCAGUCUCCCUUCACCCCUCCUGCCCCUCACACGAACCAGCACAACGGACAUAAGGUGGCCUCCUCGGGCCCGCCAGCUGCACCCAGCCAGACCUCCACCUCCCCCGUGGAGGCUAAUGCCAUCCCGACCCCACCACCUCCCGCAGGGGCUGGCUGGUCGGCGGAGCGCAUAGCCCAGCAGUACAUUGUCCCCUGCAUGAAAUACUACGGCAUCUGUGUGAAGGACAAUUUCCUGGGCCCUCAGCUGGGUGACAGGGUGCUGGAGGAAGUGGAGGUCCUAAACCGCAGUGGGAAGUUUCGGGGCGGGCAGCUGGUGAGCCAGAAGAGCAUCCCCUCUCGUAGCAUCCGGGGCGACCAGAUCGCCUGGGUGGAGGGACGUGAGCCCGGGUGUGGGAGCAUCGGGGCGCUGAUGGCUCACAUCGAUGAGGCCGUCAUGUACAGCGCUGCCAAUGGACAGCUGGGGGACUGUGUCAUCAAUGGACGCACUAAGGCCAUGGUUGCCUGUUACCCAGGUAACGGGGCAGGUUAUGUGCGCCAUGUUGACAACCCUAACGGGGAUGGACGCUGCAUCACAUGUAUUUACUAUCUUAACAAGAACUGGGAUGUCAAGAAACAAGGAGGGUUGCUGCAGAUCUACCCAGAAGGCAAAAAUGUGGUAGCCAACAUCGAACCUUUGUUUGACCGGCUGCUCAUCUUCUGGUCUGACCGCAGGAACCCACAUGAAGUCAAGCCAGCCUACGCCACUCGCUAUGCCAUCACAGUCUGGUACUUUGAUGCCAAAGAGAGAGCAGAGGCUAAAGAGAAAUACAGACUGGCAACAGGACAGAAAGGUGUUCAAGUGCCUGUAACUCAAAACAGCAAGACAUAAAUCUAAUCUAAUCACUGGAGAGCACUCUGAAAUAUAAUGUGCCUUCCUGAACUGCUAAUGGACGUCAUGAUCAUAAAGGGAGACACUGUUAAACUGUCAGUCAUCUCUGCAGCUCCACGAGGCUCGUACAUUGUCAGCUGUCAGAUUCACGUCACAGGCCGUGAUGUAAUGUUUUUCCUGCCAUGUGACCUGCGGCGGCUGAUCAAAGAUGUGGCAGAUAAAGAGCACAACAGACUGGAUUUUAUGGCAAAGGUGCGAUCAGAAUUAUGAGUUGUGGCGACAGAAGAAAAGCUUCAACGGUAUCACAGAAUCAUCUAUGAAGAUAACUAACUGAAAGAAAAAAAAAAAAAACAGACUCCUUUUAUUUUGUUGCAUUUUUGCCUGUUCAGUUAUCAGUGAUGUUGUGAUGUAUUGAGAAAUCAUUGUUUUACUCUGCUCUGGUGUCAUUUUAAAUUCAAAACACAAGGAGCAUAAAUGAUCAAUCGGUGGACAGACAAUGGGGAAAAAGGGGGCGCGAGGAGUAGAAAUCAAUGGUGUUGUCUCUGAAAUUCCUUCUUUUCCCCUUGACUGUGAUGUGGUCCCCUUGUCUCAUGAUGUGGGUGAGUGUGUAUGUGUGGUCAGUGUGAAAACAGAGACACAAAAAAGAGAAGGCUCGCAAGGCAUCAAGUGAUUCUCAGCCAUGAUGUAGUGGAAAGUUGCCCAGUGGCGCUGGUUCAGUCAGUCCUGGCUCAAGCACUAACCCUGAACAUUACAAGGUUGUACUCACAAUUUAUCAUCAGUGCAUAAGGUCAACUCUACACUGUAGUUUUACUCCAUAUAGCACGCUAAAUAUAGUUCAGAUAUUAUUCCACAACAUCCGUCAAUCUGAAAAUCUUUUGCAACGGCCUUGAAAUGUUAGUGCCACAAAACCCCCUGAGAAUCCAGCACAAGUGUUUCUUUUUUUCAAUAGUAAUUUCAAUGUGUGUAACAGAUUUUCAAGACUGAACCUAGAGUACACAGAGCUUCUCUACAUACUUGAUGUGCAGCGCUUUCUCUUUGACUGAAACACACGACUCACACUUGAGACAAGAGGCGAGCUGUCCAGGAGACAGGGGUGAAAACAGGGUUUGAUGAGCGUGUUUUGUGUGUUGCUGUGUGUGUGUGUGUGUGUGUGUGUGUGUGUGUGUGUGUGUGUGUGUGUGUGUUGUGUGUGUUUGUGUGUUUGUGUUUGUGUGCGUAUGUGUGCUCAUAUUCAUGUAUGCAGAUUCAGCUUGACUCUUACCUGCUCUUAACACGAUGGAAACUGUAUGUAUCGCCGGUGUGGUAAACCUGCCCAGAAAGACACACGUGACAGAAAGGGUGGAUAACGACAGAUAAUUUCAAGAAAUGAAUGGAAAUGACAACGUUAUACUAAGCAGUACUUUGCAGAAUGAUAACCUCAAUCAGCCUGUACACUUAAGACCAUUUACAGCGUAAAGCACAGAGUUAAGCAUACACUGUAUGUGAACUGCAGGGGUAAAACUACUGUGUGCUCGUGUGUGGGAUUGAGUAUUUGUGUGUAAAUGUCUACUUGCAUAUGUAUGUGACAAAUUCCACUGUCUUGAAGAGGGUCGCAGGUAUUGUCUCAGCGUAUGUUGGAUUGGUUAAAGAGAAGGUUAUUUUAAAAAGCACUUUAUUGUUUGUAAUGCCAUGCGUGAAUGAUAGAAAAAAAUAUAACUAAAAUGUAGAUUAAUGCCUUUAUGCUGUGGAUAAUAUGGUCUUUCAAAUGCAAUAGAAACUAAAACAAUGAGAACAAAUGGAAAUUGUUUGCCUUUUUUUUAAAUUUGGAGUAUUUAAUUAAAACCUGUCUGUUUUUGUA